CAGAGCCCAUUUUCAAACACUUUGUGUAUCAGUUGUUAUCUCCCCGCGGACCAGAAUGGUUGGGUAAAAUAGCUAUUGCAUAGAGUUGUGUAUGAACAUUUCAUUUGAAAAAACAAUUUUGAUAGAACAGAGCGUGGACACUGAAUGAUAAUUUUCGAACUUUUCUCGAUAUUAUAUAUACGUUGAAUUCGGUUGAUAUGAAUGUUUUGACGAGUGAUUUUUGAUUUGGUUAUUUUGUUUUGAUCAAAUUUUUGAAUUGAUUAAUAGACUGUGGAAGGUAGUAAUUUUCCUACCGUGGCAAGAAUUGUUUUUUUAAAUUUUGUUUUACAAAUUCAAUUUAUAAUCAAAACUAGGAUAAAUAUCUCGGACUUUUUUUUGUUAUUUUAAAAUAUCGCGUGUGUUUUUUUGUAAAGUGCAUAGAGGAUUUAAAAAUAGUUUUAUGUUACAAACAUACAACAAAGUAGAGAAAAAAAGCAACGGCUAGGAAAACAUAAAUGUAAUUUUAGGUCAUUUUAAAAUAUGAUUUUUUGUUCCAUUUAAAAUAGCGUUAAGCGAUUGUGAUUAGAAGCAGAGUGGCGGUUUAUUUAUUUUGGAAAAUUAUAAAUGAGAAAAAAUCGUUACGUUUGCAUUGUUAGUCGCUACGCUCGUAUACCUUCUAUUUAAUCGGUGCAGAGUGUAACAUCUGACUGGCGCCUGUUUAUUUGUAUUAAAAAAAAGAAAGAAAUCCCUUGAAAAGGAAGAGCAAAAAAAAUUGUUUGUGGUCAGUGUCAGAUGUAAAGGUUCAUCAAAAAAAGAUAAAACAAAAAAAACAUUUUGUGUCCAGGAUUUAAUUACAAAUUUUGUUCCUCAGAGAGGACGAAAGUGCAUGGAAUAUUUUUUCACCAGUUUAUUUUCAACAUAUAAAUCAAAGUGGAGAGUUGACCAUCUAGCUUUUGUGUCAGUUCAAAUGUGAAAAUAAUUUGUUUUUAGAGAAAAAAAAAGAAGAGAAAAACCAAAUUUCACUGAAGGGAAGCCCGGUGGUGUAAAAUUUAUAUCAAAGAGACGAAUACUUGAUAAAAGCUUUAACGUGUGUGACAAUGGAAAUUUUUUGCUUUCUUCGAAACCGAAAAUUAAUGGCAAAAUAUGUGAUGAGAGAAAAGUGAUUGAAAGUGUACAACAAGCGACAUACUCAGAAAUUCCUAAACUUCCUUAACUUCGAAGUACAUAACUAUACAGAAAAUGUGAAUUGUUUUCGGUUGAUUUUCAAACCCAAAUAAAAAAAGAAAAAUUUUCCCAGCAUUUCUUCUUCGUGGCAAAUGUGUUAAACCAAAAUUAAAAAAAAAAACGAAAAUGUUUCCCAUUCAGCGAACAAUGAACGUUGUCACCGGAUCCAUCAAAGUGAUUUUCAUUUUAUUCCUUCUAUUCGAUUGGAGUGUAUUGGCCGAACGUCUGCUCUGGCAAAAUGAAGCUGAAUUCAAUGCCGAGCCAAUGCUGCGCCAUUAUAAACAUCACAAAAAUAAACCGAAAAGGAAUGAAGACAUUACUCAUGUGUAUGGCAAGCUGAAAACCAAUUUACGGCAUCGCAGCCACCAUCACCAAAACUACCAUCAUACCACAACGACGACGACGACGACAACAGUGAGUACACCAACGACAACAGAAGCAACGACCACAACGACUACACAACCACCGACUACCGCAACAUCAUUAUCAUCAACUACAACAACAAGAAGCAUUCGAACACCAGAAGAGCAUCGCUUAAGGCACAGCAAUAAAUUUUAUCAAGCUUUCAAUCUAAACCAUGAUUACAAUCAUGAAAAGAGCAAUGUGCGACGGUACAUCAAUCAGUCCAGCUAUCCAAUAAGUACACCGCAUAAUCCGUGGAAGAAAUUGGUCAGUAGCACUACAUACAACAAUAAUCACCAUCCGAAACAGUCUCAGACGGCACGGAAUUUCUACAAUGUUUCCAAAUUGAUGCAAAACCGUCUGUUCGAUCGAGAUGGUAUGGUUUAUUCGACUCGUCCGCCCAAAAUUCGCCAUCCGUACGAUGUGCUCAAAGUACCGCUACAAGAACGCGUUCGUGUCAAACCUGUGCGGAAGUCGUUCGAUCACAAUGAUUUAUGGGAUGAUAGUCGGCUUAUGGAUGACGAUGAUCAUGAUGUCGUUGACUGGUCGACGAAAAAGAGACAUCUGAAGUUCAAGACGAACAGGAAGGGAAAGAAACUGUUCGAUGAUUAUUACGAGGACGAUUACGAUGAAAAUGAGGAGGAUGAUGAAGUUCAGGACAAAAAUCUGGGGCUGGAUUCAAUGCUGAAGGAUUCAGACGAUAUCUACUCAAAAUCAUACAUUCCAGGCACAUUGACAAAACACAAGUUCGAAACGUUAGGUACUCGUGAUGCAGUCAAAGAUUCACGACAAAAUUAUCUUUCAAAUCAGAAGAAAGAACAAGCUCUGGCUGCUGAUCACGCCAACAAAAUGUAUUCGGAAGCAAUAUGCAAAUGGCCAAAACCCAGAGUCAUUGCUGUACAGAACGAUCCAGAUAAAUUGUACACACCUCAUUGUACGAUUUUGCACAGAUGUGGUGACGAUGCCGGCUGCUGUUUAACGGAUUCGCGAACGUGUGCGGUCAAAUUAUACGAACAUGUUGACUUGUAUUUUUAUGUCAAAUCAAUUCACCAGCGCACCGGCACCAUCGAGAAGCGAACAUUCGUCAAUCACACCGAAUGUUUCUGUGAUAGCAAAUCCAAUGCCAAAUCACCGCGACCAGAGCCAAUGCGUCUUGCUACCAUUAUUUCUUGCACAUGUACCAAGGCUUUCGAACAAGUCCUCGAAGAGGAUGGAACAUGUCGUUGCGAUUGUUCGUCCAGUAACUAUGCAUGCGAUUGGAAGAAAAAGGGACGGGAGCAUUUUUCAAUGGAAGAUCGAAAAUGUAUAUUGGAGGGACGAUGCAAUCCACCAACAUGUGAGUACGGCCGUUAUGAUAAAAGGCACGGACGUUGUCCGAGGAAGGAGGAUAAAUUAGCCACCGGAUUUUCGUAUCAUUCUUAAUAAGUAAAAUUUUGAUCAAAAGAGGAAAACAUUUUUUUUAGAUGCAAUCAAAUGUGUAGUGUUAUGAUUAAACGUUUAAAUGGCGUUGUGCUUUUCUGUUUCUUGUUGAAAAAAUGCACCACGCAACAAAAUAUUGAGAUAAUUUAGACUUUCGAUCGCAUUCAAACAAAAUAAGAUGUGUCCUGAAAUGACCUCCAAAAAAACCGAGGGCAAAAAAAAACCUUUUUCAGUGAUGUCAGUGUGAGUUUUCAUUUAAUGUUCUCCCUGCAAUGAUUUUUGAUGGGCUGACUUGCUCCUUUGUUCUUACCUAAAAGUCCCUCUAUGUAAACGUUACCACAACAGAAAGCCCCCACACCUAACGUCAAAUAGCCAGACGAUCUCCAUUAGUGGGAUUUGUUAUACAAUUCAGCCAGAUGCGAUUAAAAAAAAUAAUCGGGAGACAAUUUGCUCAGUCCAUAUCCCAAUCCCACCUAAAUGAUCAUAUCAUUUUCCAUUAAUUUAGUAUAAAAACAUCCAACCAAUUCAGGACGCAAUGGCUACCACGACUCGUUUUGGAAAAAUAUUUGUUUUUCGAAAUUUCUCGAAUUUUCUUUAAAAUGAUUUUUAAGGCCAAGAAAAUUCUGAGGCUCUGAGGUGAUGUAUGCCCAAAACAAUUCGAAAGACCCGAAAAAUUGAAAUUUUCAAACAAAAAUUGAAAAUGUCCAUCGAGCGCUCGGUAGCCCAGUACGACCAGUCCGGUCCUGAAUCAAUCUAUGAAAGCCUAAAUCGCAUUCGAUCAACGAGAACAUCUCAUUUUCCGGAAUCUCUCAAUUGAAUAUAGCGUUGACUUCUAUCACGGAUUUCUAUGUAGUAAAAUAUGAAAUCACCUGACUUCUAGUCAUAUGUGAAUAAUUACAAUAAUUUUAAGCAUUUAAAUGAUUUUAUCUCCUAAGUCUUUUUUAUACACUUUAAGCAUGCUCUCGUAUGCAUCGAAUAAAUUAGAAUAUUUUUAAGACAACGAAUCGAAGCAAGUGGCAGCCUUUCACUACUUUUCUUUUACCAUGUAACACGACAUACACAGUCAGAGGCUGUGAAAUCUCAGCAAGAAUUGGCUUCAGCUGUUUUUCAACUGAUCCACACAUGUAGUCAAAACUAUUUAUACUUGUUUAUAAGGUUCAACCGUAACGGUUGAAGCUGCUGCCCGCUCAUGGUAGUGGUAAGGCCGUAUAAAGUCGUAUGAACAGUUUUGAUUGUUUGUGUGGAUCAGCUGAAAAACAGCUGAACAAAUUCAUGCUAAAAUGUCACUACAUGUAACUGUAGAUUAGAAAAUCUUCUUUGUCGGUUCACAGAUUCGUGUAGAGUACUACCUUUUCUGCAAGUUUUACAAAAAAAAACCUGUGUUAGAUCGAUGAAAAUAGAGUCGAUCUGCUAAAGGAAACCUUUUCUUCAAGAGCACUACUUAAAAUCAGCUGUUGUUUUGCAUUAAGCGAAGUACGAAAAAUAUUUUAAGACCUUACUGCACAAUUUAAAUUACGAACACUCCUCGCUCCAAUGUUUAAGAAAAAGCUCAGAAAAUAUAAAGUUUUUUUUAUUAUUAUUCUCUUUGUUUCUUGGUCUUCUGGACCUCGAGCUUAUGACUUUUGUUUUCGGGCGUUCGGAGAGUCCUAACGAGGGUUGAUCUGAGUAUAUCUCAUCCAACAGACAUCGUAGAAAAUUUGUGUCAAGAUAAAGCCAAAUAAAGUUUUUGAUCGAAGAUUUUUUGUGUUAGACAGCUUCGAAUUUUCAACUUUGUCUGGCCUCUGGCGCUACUCUAUUUUCAAUUGAAAUCGUAUCUUCAUUUCAAAAAUACCAUUUCUCAUCGGUCCAUGGCGACAGUGGCACUGUUCCAAUGCUCUAAGAAUCCUCUACCAUUUUGCGCACGAACAGUUCUAGCGAAUCAUAACUGAAAUGAAAUUUAAAUUCUGUGUGUUCUGCUUGCGCUGUAAAAAAAAUGUGAAGACAGACUUUAUCAGCAUUUUGUAAUAGAAAGAAAACAACUUAAUUUUCGAUUUAUUCAAAGAUUUAUUUCCCGUUCAUAUCCACAACAUUUUACUUCUUAAAAUAUUGAAAAUAUGUAGUGGUCAAAAAAGUUCUUCGCAAUAAAUUACUCGUAAUUAAACAGUCCCUGUCUCUUUCCAAUUCUCGUUUUAAAUUUUUUUUUUAAGAAAGUGAAAUAAUUCCAUAAUUAUUAGCCAUAAAUAGCGACAAUGCGUCAUUUGUAUUUACAUAUUUUUUACAUUUUUAUUUAAAUUAACUUUACAGAGAUUUGUGUUUUUUCUUUUUAAAUUUUUAUAUUCCAGCAAAUUUGAUUUGUUAUUUAUGAAAUUGUUAUGUAAGUGAAUGCGAACGAACAAUAAUUGAAUUAGACAUUAAAUUAAGGCUAACGGUUUAACAGACGUAAAAAAAUGAACAUUUAGUACUGUGUGUUCUUGGAAGACAUGUACGUAGAGAAAAUGUAUUUGUGUUAAACGAUUAAGAUACCACCAACUGGUACCUGGCAUCGUAAUAACAGAAAAAUGUUAGCAAAAAUCGUUGGAAGUUUUUACAUUUUGGGUAUGCUGAUGUAAGAUGAACAUUCAGUUUCGAUGCGACAUCCCUGCUUCUCCUUGUACUUUACCUUUUACAUUCUAAAUUCAGAUAUGGACCCUCCACAAUUUAAUAAUGUCGUGAUACCUGCCUGAAGUAAUUGCAAAAUUUAUAUAAAACAGAAUUUCCUUAGGGUUUUCUUGCAAUUACGCCAAAAGACUGUCGCGAUUGGGUAAAUUUAGUCAAUCGUUUCCACCAACACUAUGCAAUGUUAAUUCGAAAAUAUUUACAUUACCUAUAAAAUGGGUCCACCCGAGAGCCAUGUAUAUGUUUUAUCGGUCGGCUUAAAAGCUCUACUUUAAUAAUUCAUUACAAAAACAAAACGAAAAAUGUUGAACAUAUUUACGAGCAGAGCAAGGUUACCACCCAUACUUGAUAGUCAAGUUAAUGGUACUUGAUAUCCGAUUGAACUUUCGCAUAGAAUUGUGAAUUAUGCACAACCACUCGAAGUAGUCCAAAGUUUAAACUUUCCACACGAAAAGUGCACUUUACAAUUUAAACAAAAAAUUGAAAAUUUGUUAUGUUAAAAUAGUUAAGCUAUGUUUCAAGA